GAUUGACUUGAUGAAGUUUCGGUAAUAUAUAUUUACUUCCGGUUGUGGAUGGCCAACGACCUUACGAACUUUUUACUUAAAAAUAUGAAUGACGUUGGUGUUUUUAAACCAUCACGUUCAAAUGAAAGCAAAAUAAGCCAUAUCUAUUUUUAAUGUAUUAUUCUUUACUUAAAGUAGCGCAAUUAGACAUUUAAAUUGCGAAGAGGGAAGCUGCACGUGUUAAAACUUCGAUGCGGUGAUAAGAUAUUGCAUCAAUGUUGUGAUAGAUAGAUAAAUUUCUGGGUUAUCGGUCAAGCACUAUGCCUGGUUCAGAUAAGAUAGAUCCAUGGCCAACAGAUGUAGGAGUUAUUGCCAUGGAAGUCUACUUUCCAUCACAAUAUGUAGACCAGGCUGAACUUGAAGUGUUUGACAAUGCAUCCACAGGAAAGUACACCAUUGGCUUGGGACAGUCGAAAAUGGGGUUUUGUUCUGAUAGAGAGGACAUAAAUUCACUCUGUUUAACUGUUGUGCAAAAACUUAUUGAGAAAAAUCAUAUCUCAUAUAAUGAUAUUGGCCGCUUGGAAGUGGGUACAGAAACUAUCAUUGAUAAAUCAAAGAGUACCAAAACUGUACUGAUGCAGUUGUUUGAAAGUAGUGGUAACCACAGUAUAGAAGGGAUAGACACAACCAAUGCCUGUUUUGGAGGAACUUCAGCCCUGUUUAAUGCAAUCAAUUGGAUUGAAUCCAGUUCUUGGGAUGGGAGGUAUGCCAUGGUUGUCGCUGGUGACAUUGCAGUGUAUUCCACUGGAAAUGCACGCUGUACAGGUGGUGCUGGGGCAGUAGCCCUACUAAUAGGGAAGGAUGCUCCACUUGUCUUCGACAGAGGAGUAAGAAGCAUUCAUAUGCAGCAUGCCUAUGACUUUUACAAACCCAACAUGGACUCGGAAUAUCCAGUGGUGGAUGGCAAAUUAUCAGUGAAGUGUUAUCUACAUGCUUUGGACAAAUGCUAUCAAGGAUACAGGGAAAAGGCAAAACUGACUGGGAUUAUUAAAGAAGACAGUGGUUUGAUAGACUCUGUUGAUGCCUUUGUCUUUCAUUCACCUUUCUGCAAACUGGUCCAGAAAUCAUUUGCUAGGAUAUUUCUCAAUGACUUCCUCAGAGAGUCAUCACCAGAUUUCUUUGGUCGAUAUGCUGGCUUAGAAUCCUUCAGGGACCUGAAGCUGGAGGACAGUUACUUUGACCGGGAUGCUGAGAAAGCUUUGAUGGCUGCCAGUAACUCGAUGUUUACAACAAAAACAAAACCUUCCCUUCUCCUGGCUAACCAAGUGGGCAACAUGUACACCCCCUCAGUUUAUGGGGGAUUAGCGUCUUAUCUACUGAGUGCCUCACCAUCUGAACUAGUUGGACAUAGAGUAGUUUUAUUUUCCUAUGGCUCAGGCUUGGCCUCAGCCAUGUUUUCUUUGAGGAUAACAAAAGACUUGGGACCAAAAUUUUAUAAACUGUUUGAAAACCUGUCCAAUAUUAAUCAGGAUUUACAAAACAGAGUGAAAGUAUCUCCAGAGGAGUUUGAUAAAACCAUGAUACUUAGAGAAGAAACCCAUAAUAAAGCUCCCUACUCUCCAGUUGGAUCCACAGAUGGAAUGUGUCCAGGGUCGUGGUACCUAACUGAAGUCGACAGCAUGUACAGGAGAAAGUAUGAUAGAGUGCCACUAGUCCAAUUACCAAAUGGAAAUGUCAAAGGUACUGUACCUACUUGGAACACUCUCUGGUGAUGUGAAAUGACACGUGAGAACACCUUUACAUCAGAUACAUUGAGAAUUCGUGAAUUUAAUAUAAUUUUUUUUAUUAGUGUAUUGCUUUUUAUUAUUUGCAAGAAUUUUAUAUGUAGUAUUUGUAUUAUAUACAUGUAUACAAAAUGUGAAUGAAGUCAAUUAGAAAUAAAUUGUCAUUGAUGCAUGUCUUUAUAUGCUUUAGGAAUUUACUGUUAUGAAUGGAUUUUAUUUGUGGUUAUACAAUAAAUCUUCCUUGCAUUUA